CUGUCUGCUGUGUCUCUACCUCCCCCCUCCUCACCCCUACACCCCCCCCCUGUGACACACCAGACGAUGCGUUGACUGAGCGGAGGAGAAGAAGAAGAAGAAGAAAACCUCUCCCAGCCCGCCGUCCUCCUGCUGCUGCUGCAUGGAGGAGAAGAGGAGCAGAGAGGAGACAGACUGAACUCACCUGGACCGGACUCUGCUGGACUCUGCUGGACUCUGCUGCUAGACUCUGAGCUGACCUUCGUUCUGAUGAUCUCCAGACUCCGCCUCCUGCCCAUCCCUCUCUGACUCAUCACCUCCAACCUUGACUCCUCCCCCUGACCCCUGACCCCUGACCUCUGACCUCAUUCGCCCCCCCCCCCAUCAUGGAUCUGGUCCUUUCUGGAGGCGACAUCUUCAGAAUCCCUGACACUUAAACUCUGUUAAGGACGGACCCGUCUCCUCUCAGCUGGUCCAAACCCUAAAUCACCUCCUGUCCCAUCCUCCUCUGGACCGGCGCCGUCCACCAUGUCGGAGGGUCUGCUGCAGGUGGAGAUCCCCGACUUUGGCAGCAGCGUUCUGGGCAGCCUGAACGAGCAGCGGCUGCUGGGUCACUACUGUGACGUCUCCAUCCUGGUGCAGGGUCAGGCCUUCAAGGCGCACCGGGCCGUCCUCGCCGCCUCCUCGCUGUACUUCAGAGACCUGUUCAGCUCCGCGGCCGACUCCUCGUCCUCAUCGCAGGCGGUGUUCGAGCUGCCGUCCUCCGUGACGCCGACGUGUUUUCAGCAGAUUCUGUCCUUCUGCUACACGGGACGCCUCAGCAUGGCCGCCAGCGAGCAGCUGGUGCUCAUGUACACCGCCGGCUACCUGCAGAUCCAGAACAUCGUGGAGCGAGGCAUGGAGCUGAUGAUGAUGAAGGCCUCCUCCUCAUCCUCACCUCUGUGCUGCGACUCACAGACGACCUCAGUGGACGAGCUCGGCGGCUUUGACGCCCCAAUGGUCCAACAGCAGCAGCAGCAGCAGCAGCACAGCGCCCCCCAGCUGCAGGAGUCCAGUCCAGACCAGCCGGCCAUGAGCCCAGAGGAGCUGCUGUUGGCCGUCAGCAGGAUCAAACAGGAAAGAGCUGACACUCCUCCUGCUGAGGAGAACGGUGGAGGAGCAGGAGGAGGAGAGGAGGCCAGAGUUGACAUUGCCGGUGACCUCCAGUCCAGAAACAGCGCUCUAUGUUACCUGGGUGCAGGUGGAGGUUUGGUUCCGGGGCUGCAGUCCUACCUGCUGGCAGGCGGGGGGCGCUCCAGUCCAGGAGGCUCCAGCCUUCCAACAGACUCGCCUCCGUCUCACCCCCCAACCGAGGAGGAGCUGGAGGAGGAUUACUACGGGAACACGGUCCACCCCGGACUCUACCAGCACAUCUAUGGACAUCCCGGUAACCCGUACAUCCAAGAGAAGAUGGAAAUGCUCUCCCUGCCAUUGGCUAAUGAGCGUCGGCCCUGCGUGCUGGUUGGUCGGGAUAACAUGGCGCUCCCAGCCAGUCUGAUCAGUCAGAUCGGGUAUCGCUGCCACCCGUCGCUCUACACGGAGGGAGACCCGGGAGAGAAGGUGGAGCUGGUGGCAGGUUCAGGUGUGUUCAUGACACGAGGUCAGCUGAUGAACUGUCACCUGUGUGCCGGAGUCAAACACAAGGUGCUGCUCAGGAGACUGCUGGCUACGUUCUUCGACAGAAACACUCUGGCCAAUAGCUGCGGGACAGGAAUCCGCUCCUCAACCAAUGAUCCGAGCCGAAAGCCUCUGGACAACCGUGUGUUAAACACAGUGAAACUGUACUGUCAGAACUUUGCUCCUAACUUUAAGGAGAGUGAGAUGAACGUCAUUGCGGCUGACAUGUGCACCAACGCUCGUCGGGUUCGUAAACGCUGGCUCCCAAAGAUCCAGUCUCUCCUCCCCGACAGCCUCCCCGCCUCCUCCCACCCCCGCAAGGGUAAGAGGGGAGGAACAGGAGGAGGAGGAGCAGGAGGAGGUCAGGGAGGAGACGCGGCGGUGCAGCCCAGCGGCAGCCCCUUCGAGCUGGACCUGCGGCAGCUCGGCUCCUCCUACCUCGGCCUGGAGGCCCCGCUGUACACCGAGCGCCGCGAGAGGGAGGCGCCGGGAGGGGAGAGAGAGAGGGAGAAGGAGGCGCCGGCCUCCCUCCUACCUCACCUGCAGUUCGCCGGGUCCCGUGGGGGAGGAGGAGGAGGUCAGGCGGAGGAGACGCUGAUGGGAGGCGAAGCAGACGGAGGAGGGAGGCUACAGACUGAACAACCCCCGGACCUCCCCCUCUCCCUGUCCUCCACCUCCUCCUCCUCCUCCUCCUCCUCACACCCCUCCCCCCAGCCUGCAGAGACCGCCCCUACUCACAGGGGACUGGCCGACACAGAUGAGAGGGGGGCGGAGCCUCUGGAAGACAGCCAAUAAGCUUUCUAUCGCAUCGGCCUACCUGUAUGUAAAUAACACAAUAGCUACCUGUCCCCACCUGUCUGUCUGUCUGUCUGUCUGUCUCUAACUGUCUCUCUGUCUGUUCCCCUACCUCAAUACCUGUCCACCUGUCUACCUCUCUGCCCCCAGUCUGACUACCUUUAUGUCCGACCUACCUCUGUCUGUCUGUCUGUCUGUCUGUCUGUCUGUCUUCUCCUCUACCUGUCUGUCCUCUUGUCUGUCUGUCUGCUCGGCUCAGCUGCAUGUUAACAGCCUCCUGCAGUCCAGCACACAGGCCCAUAGCAACCGGACUGAUGAUGAUGAUGAUGAUGAUGAUGAUGAUGAUGAUGAUAUUCACUCUGAUAACGACAAUAAAGCUUCUUGAUAAUCA